AUCAGCCUGCCUGAUGACUGAGGAAGAAGAGCGGAGCACACAAUGCACUGCACGGUUGACAAGGGUUGUGUCUCCCUGGUUUUCGCGAUAAAUCUCCAGUUCAGUACAAACUCUCGAAGAGGCAGCAGUGGAACCGACCUGUUUCUUUCUUUAUAACCUACACACUGGAUUUAGCGAGGGAAAAAAAGAAUUCGGUGACCGGAAACGACGGCAAUUGGUCAAGCUUCUCCUAAACAUUGGAUUACAGAGGCUGCAUGAAGGAGCUGCCCAGCCCAACGGGGCUCGGCCGACACCCUCGUUUAUGGAAAUCGACCCCGAGGCUUUGAUGCUUGGGCCUCGGUUUUUUCCUUUAUGAUGGGGGUGGAACGACUCAACAGUUUUAUGUGAAGGAGAGGGAUAUUAUUUCGUGGAUGAUUCGUAGAAUAAAAACCCGCUUCCGUAUUCUUCCUGCUUCCUCUUAAAAAAAAUUAGAGAUAGUUGGUUGUUGCUAACAGCUGGAUUGGCUAACGCUGACUAGCAUCCAUGCUAAUGUUACGUCUUUCUUUUGAUGCGACUCAGCUACCACUAUCGGCCAUCAACAACCCGACAGGAGAAGAUUUUGCCCUCUUGGCUGCUGAUUAUUAGUUAUAUUCACACUCCACAGCCCGGCUCAUCAGUGUUUACAGAAACGUUUUAAGAAUAAAGUUGUAUUCUUAGUUUGUCGGGCUUAUAUUAUUAUAAAUUGAAUUAGCCGCGUAUAGGCUAACUGACGUUCGCUAACAGCAGCCAUUUACUAUUUAAAGUAAAGCAGACAGCUCUUUUUAUUCCCCGUAAGGCGUAAAUUAGAGUAACUGUCAGUAUUAAGACGUUCAGUUUCACAGUAAUAUGCAACGUCUCGUAAUAGUCGUUAUCAGGCCUGGCUAACUAGCUAAUAAAUUUGCUACUAAUUUUGUCAGCGUGUGCAGAAAUUAAGGAAAUCACAAACAGUUUGUUGAUUUAAUCUGUGCCGAAAACAGCAUUAUUUUCAAUCUGUUACUCCUGCGGAGGCAAUCUCGCCCUGCUUUGGGUGUAACACAGCCAGACUUGUGUUUUAUUGUUUACAUGUUUACAACUUGUGUGGUUAUCGCUUGGAUUUCCUGCUAGCUAGCACGCUAGCUAACGUUAGCCGUCAACGAGACACAAUCAGCGAUGUCCUGACAUUCGCGUUAAUGUCGCCGAUGUUUUGAAUUCCCAUGUGGAUGUAAGUUUGUUUUCAGAUUUCAGAAAUGACACUAACAUUUCGCCGAGAGAACGGCACUGAUGCCAGCAGCAUACUGCUGUCAGAGGACGGUAAAUAAUAGCCACUGGUUUCCAUUAACGCCAUUUUAACAGAGGUUCUCGGAGAGGGCCUGUGUGGUGGUGUUUUUAUUCGCGGUUCGGUACCUUCAACCGGGCCGGGACUUGCGUAAAAAAGUGCCUUUGGGAAUCUCACCUAAGUUGCGAAAAGGAGGUGGCAUUUGAACAUGGAGGGCCCGAGCCGAAACACCGGAUUCAGGCAGAGCCGGCGAUCCCGUUCCCAGCGCGACAGGGAGCGGCGGAGGAGGCGAGUGGAUCUGGCCGAGGAGCGGGCCACAUCCCUGUCCUCGGGCUCCGAUCGGGAGGCAUGUGGGACCAACAGCGUGCUGGGUCCCGGUGGGAGAGAGUGCCGACCAGGGUUUGGCAGACACAGGCCUCCACGCCGGAGGAAGAGGGAGUCUGUGUCCUGCGAGGAAGAAAUCAUUGAUGGCUUCGCUAUUGCGAGCUUCAUCAGCUUGGAGGCUCUGGAGAUGGACUGUUCUUUGAAGCCCAGUCAGCGAACUGAUAUGCUGGGAAGGAGGAACAAGGGGAAGAGAGGGCCGGAGGAGAACGGCGGAGGGCCGCUGUCAGAGCCGGAGGAAGGAGCCCCGCCCAGCAGCUAUUGGAAUAAUAGUAGAAAUAAGAGAAGAAAGAUAGAGGGGCAACCUUUGGAGACUGGCUAUAUUGUAAGUUUCUUUUCUGCUAAUGUCCAGUGUUUCCCACACAGACUUUAUUUGGGCAUGCCUCAUUUACUAGACAUGAAGGGCUACACAGCAUACGUGGAUGUGCAGACUGUGUCCACUGAUGUGUUGCAAAGCAUGCCCAAAAUUGCUGACUGGUUUUCUCUUCUCUCAGUUGUCGAUCCCGCCCCUUCAAACAUGGGCUCAUCUGUGGGCAAAAGCUGCCCGUCUCUGCCGGUGCGCUUUGGUGGCGUCUCACGGUUAAUGGUGACUCCACGGGUGUCUGGGCUGGAGCGAAGUCAGGAGAAAAACCUGGAGCCACACUUCCCUGAGCCGGUUUCUUCUUCUACCUCUUCCCCCUUCUUCCCCGGCCUGCCUUCCCACUCCCCGGUCACGGUGCCCCGGUCCAGCCCAGUCAACGGCAGCCGCCACAACAGCAGCCCCCCGCUCUCCAAACCCAAGCCCUCUUUGCCCCCUCGAACUCAAUCCAUCUACAACAGCAGCACCCCAGUCAAGCCUCAACCGUCUGCUUCAUCUGUCGGGACUUCCUCAUCUUCCAUUCUUCCCCCACCUCCUUCCGCCAGUGUUUCUCUGCCCUUCUCAAGGGGCUCAGGAUCCUCAGGGCCUCUCCGACCCCCAUCCCGAACCAGCUCUGGAGCAUUGUUCACAUCCUCACCUGGCCUUCCUCCGCCUCCACCUCUGCUGCAAGCAGAGCGUGAGGGCAGACGCAGCGUCCCCGGGGCUGAAAAUAACCCGGCGGGCCGCUCCACUCCAGGAGGCCCAGCAGCGCCGAGCUCCACGCAGGGCUCAUCGAGCCGGACGUCUCAGAACCAGACGAGCAUCCCGGCGAUGGCGUUCCAGUUCCAUCAGCACAACCACCAGCACCAACACACGCACACGCAUCAACACUUCACGCCCUUCCUGACCCCAGCUACGGCGUCUCCGAUGUUCGAUAAGUACCCAGGCAAGAUGGACGGGCUGUACCGACACACUAUCUACCCAACGUACACGCCGCCCUCAGUGCAGGGUAUCCAGAUUCCUCCUCCUCCUCCUCCUCCUCCUGGGCAUUUCAGCUCAUUGCAAGGGGCAUUUCAGCCAAAGGGAACGGGUCCUGAUAUACAACGAUUUGGGGUUGUGCCUUCCCACCUGCAGCCCAAAGACCCCAGGCUUACUGAACACUUUGGGACAUCAACAUUGAAAAUCACAAAUAAACCAGGAAAAUGGUGUGCUAUGCAUGUUCAGGUGGCCUACAUGAUCCACAACCAUCAGAGAAAAGUAAAGCUCAUGCAGGCUGAUCCUCACAAACUGGACUUCCGCAGUGACCCGCUGGCCCGUUUUUCUGGAGCCGGCGGACUGGGCCCGAUGCCCUUACCUCCUGCUCAUGACCUGACCAGACCUCCCAGUCUGUUCUCAGCUGCAGGUCCAGUCAAUCCACCCUCGGCUCCGUUCAUCUCUCCAUCAGCGCCACACUCCUCGUUCCUCGCACCAACUCCACAUUUGGAUCUGUAUGGCCGAUCGCCGCCCUUCACCCCGCUGGGAGCUCUGGGUUCUGGUGCCUUUGGAGGACUUGGGAGUCCAACACUGGCCGGCUCCGUCUUUGGUCCUAAAGACUCACCAGCCAGUGUAGUCGGGGGCUUGUCUACCCCAAACCACCAUGAUCCCUGGAACCGUCUCCAUGGUGGCCCGCCUGGAUUCGCCGCCGGACCCAGCUGGGCUAAAGGAGCAGAUAAGAGGGACGAGAGGGAACGAGUGAAGGAAGGCGAGAGAAGAGACAUCCCUCACAUCAAGGAUGAAAAGGACAGAGACAUGCUGUACGGCCCACCUGUGAGGAUAUCUCCAGUCGGUCCUUCCUAUAAGCCCCGCAGCAGCACCCCAGUCUCACACAUCAAUGGCCACAGCAGCACCCUGGGGGGGACCAUUGGACCUAUUGAGGACCUGACACGCAGCUUAAAUAGAGACAGAGACCGCGAUAGAGACAGAGAUGUGGAGAAGAGGCCAGUGCUGUCUGCGUCUUCAAGGGGGCCUCCUCUUGGAUCUUCUUCUUUAGUAGUAGACAGGGACAGGCCGCGGUCUUCCUCAUCUUCUGUGCUCACUCCUCCCCCACCUUCUAACCGCUCAGCCCAAUCUCCCUUGGACCUGUACCCCCGCUCAGUGGCUUCCACACCGCACAACUCCCACAACGAGCCCUCGCACUCCCAAAGAGACGGUAGCCUUCCCUCUUCCUCCACUGCUUCCUCUUCUGUUUCUUCAUUGUCUCAGACCAAGAAGCCUGAUCGGACCUCGACGCCCCAGUCCAAACCUUCCAUGCAAAUUCAAGUGAAACAGGAGCGGAAGGAGGAGCCGGAGCACAUCCCCAUCUCCCACCACCCCCUAGCACCCAGCCACAGCUUUGACCGCCCCAACAGCCAUCCUCACCACCCCAGUUCUGGCACCCCUUCUUCUUCCUCUUUAUCUCUGACUCCUACUCCAGGUGUCCCUCUCCCACCACCUACUCCAAACCCACCUUCGCACCAACAGAUGUCCCUGCUGGAACGCACAAGAACCAUUGAAGCAUAUCUGGGGGGCGCAGUGGGUCCUGGAGGGUUGGUAGUCGGUCCUGGUGGUGAACGUUUUCCCCACGGUCCACCUCAAGGACCAUCGCAGGGCGCACAUAGCUUCCCUUGGGACCCGUGGAGGGAGCAGCAACAUCAGCAUCGUAGGGAGGCUUUAGCAUUUCGGUCAGACCAUCACCUAGCCCUGCGACCCGAACAUCACCUGGCUCAGCUGUUCCGGCAUCAGCGCCUUUUUGAGGCAGAAAGGGCCGCUGUAGCCGCAGCAGUGGUGCCCCACCCACAGCCUUCUACCUCUAAUGCCUCCUCCUCUGCUGUUCGCCCCGACUUCAGCCUCAUGGCGCAUCCCUUCGAUCGCCAUCCUCAGCUCGGACCCCCAGGAGGUGGGCUGAUGGACGAGGAGCAGCGGAUCCAGAUCUUUAGGGAAGACUAUCGUAAUUUAAUGCACCUGCACCUCCCUCCUGGCUCUCACCUGUCCAGCCCCUCUCACGCUGCUACUGCCCCUCACCUGGAUCAGCUUCACCCUCUCGCCCACUCUCUCCCUCCGGGAGCUUCUGGUGCUCACCAGCACCACCCGGGCUUCUACUCCCGCCUCACCCCGCUCAUCCCACCCCACAUGGCCAACGGUAUCCUGGCAAAGACCACGGCGGGCUUGGUGGGACCUCUUCAGGUGGGGGCGCCGCCUCCGCUCAUUCCGUCCGUCACCAAUCGGUCGGCCACACCCCCCCGCAGCUCUAGACUCGCAGGUCCAGGUGAGCUGGCACUGUACAGCGCCCACAAAGACGCAGAAUCCAGAUAGUACAGGGACAACACUGGAGGAGAUUAAGGGAAAUGUCAGGAUCACUGUGCUGCUCUCAACCUGCCCUUUUUCCUCUUGCAGACUACUAAACCCCGACCUUCCAAUUACACAACCAAACCACCCCCGCACCCCUCCAAACAAUGUUUAAAAAAACAAAAAAGGAAGGAGGUGAUGGUAGGAAGGGGAAAAAGCAAGGCGUGGAAUAAGCCCAAUGGUUCUAUCAGUGCAAUUUAAAGGUACAUGGUUUCUGUGCAUCCUUGGUGUAUUUUUAUUUUAUACUGAAAGUUUUCAGAAGAGGCAGAGGACAGCUUUUUCAUUUGUCAGGUGAAUUAUUUUCCAUACUUUUUUUUUUAAGCAAGCCUUUUCCACGUGGAUUUGGAAACGACUUCCAGAGGGGAUAAAUGCCCAGGGGUUUGUUUGUCCAUGGCUUGGUUAAUUUAUGGGAUACUUCAAAGCCCUCCGCUACAUGUAUCAACCCUGCUGUUAGGUGUUGUGGGCGAGGGUUUAUUUUGGAAAUACAGUGGUAAAGUGGUCCUCUCUUCUGUUUUUGUUGGUGUGUCACUGCGCAAAGACAGAUUCCCGAUGAGACCAUUUCACGAAGAUCAUUCAGCGUCGUACCUCAGUUUCCUGCUUUACCCCCAAAAUCCAACUUCAGACCCCUCAGCUUCAAUUUUGACAUUUGUUUUGAAAAAACUUUUUUGUUUUCCUUUGUUGGUUUUCAAAGGAUGAAUGGCGAAAUGAACUGUGCUACACUGUGAACACAGUGUCUUUAGAGCUUCCUGUAAGUGUUUCCCAGUCUCCUCUUGAAUAUACGAGCAGGACCAGAUUAUAGUAGUCUAGAGAAAUUGCCUUUGUAAUUAUUAUUCUUAACAUUAAUUAUCUUCUAUAAUAAUAAAUAUAUUCACUGUUAUGUUAUUUGUCAUUGUUUUGGGUAUCAACCAGUACUCUGUCCCCGGGUAGUAAUGUUUCAAAUCAUGCAGAAAGGCCUGCUUCACAGAAAACUCUUCAGUGCUUGUGAACAUUAAAGCCGCAUCCAUCGCAACCUCUGGCCUCUUCAAGGAUCUCAUCUGUGACUAUAAUGCUAAGAGAGAGAGAGGUUUGCCUGUGUGUCUCACUGGUUGUGUGUUAUAUCCAUUUGGGAGUAUGGGAGCCUUGUACAUUGAACUGUCGAGUUGUUUCUUCAACAAAAGUAAGUUAUAUACACGGAUAAGUGGGACGUGUGCUGAAGAACUGAAAAGGAAAAAAAACAUAUAAGGACUGUCAAAAGACAACUAGCAGUGGGUAUCCUGAGAGGGAAAAGACUGGGUCGAUUAUUUUAAUAUGACCGUUUUAUACCUUUCGAACCCCUCCCCUAGAGACCACAAAGAAUAAUUAUUAAAUGAAUUGUUGUUUA